GGUCACGUGACGGUUGCCGGCUCGCCAAGAUGGCGGCCUCCUACGUCGCUCUGCUGGCGGUAUCCGUAACCCUGCCGCUGCUGCUGCUGCUGCUGUUGCUGGUGGCGUGGAAGCGCUGGCGGUGGGGGCGCGCGUCCCGACACGUGAUGGUCGUGGUGCUGGGAGACCUGGGCCGCAGCCCUCGCAUGCAGUACCAUGCGCUGUCGCUGGCCAAGAACGGCUUCUCCGUGACCCUCCUGGGGUUCUGCAACUCCAGACCCCGUGAGGAGCUCUUGCAGAGCGACAGAAUUCAGAUUGUGAGUUUGACAGAACUUCCGAGACUUACAGUUGGGCCCCACAUUCUCCAGUAUGGAGUCAAAGUUGUAUUUCAGGCAGUGCACUUGCUGUGGAAGUUGAUGUGCAGGGAUCCAGCCGCCUACAUCUUUCUCCAGAACCCUCCAGGCCUGCCUGCCAUUGCCGUCUGCUGGUUCGCGGCCUGCCUCUGCGGGAGCAAGCUCGUCAUCGACUGGCACAACUAUGGCUACUCCAUUAUGGGGCUGGUGCACGGCCCCGGCCACCGCCUCGUUCUGCUGGCCAAGUGGUACGAGAAGCUCUGUGGCCGCCUGUCCCACCUGAACCUGUGUGUGACCAACGCGAUGCGGGAAGACCUGGCAGAGAACUGGGGCAUCAAAGCUGUGACCGUCUAUGACAAGCCGGCAUCUUUCUUUAAAGAGACGCCCUUGGACCUGCAACACCAGCUCUUUAUGAAGCUGAGCCGCAUCUACUCUGUGUUCAGGGCCCGCUCAGAGCCCUCGGACCUGGAUAUGGAGCGGUCGGCCUUCACAGAGCGGGAUGCCCAGAGUGCAGUGGUGACCCACCUUCACGGGCGGCCGGCGCUGUUGGUCAGCAGCACCAGCUGGACAGAGGAUGAAGACUUUUCCGUCUUGCUGGCAGCGUUAGAAAAAUUUGAACAGCUGAUCAACGAUGGAGAAAGCCUCCCUUCUCUGGUCUGUGUUAUAACAGGCAAGGGGCCGCUGAAGGAGUAUUAUAGCCACCUCAUCUGCCAGAAGCGCUUCCAGCACAUCCAGGUCUGUACCCCGUGGCUGGAGGCCCAGGACUACCCCUUGCUUCUAGGGUCGGCGGACCUGGGUGUCUGCCUGCACCGCUCCUCCAGCGGCCUGGACCUGCCCAUGAAGGUGGUGGACAUGUUCGGGUGCUGCCUGCCUGUGUGCGCCGUGAACUUCCCGUGCUUACACGAACUUGUGAAACACGAGGAGAACGGCCUGGUCUUCGAGGACGCGCAGGGGCUGGCAGCUCAGCUGCAGUUGCUUCUCUCCAAGUUUCCUGAUCCUGCUGGCAAACUGAACCGGUUCCGGGAGAACCUCCGCGAGUCAGAGCAGCUUCGCUGGGAUGAGAGCUGGAAGCAGACGGUGCUUCCUUUGAUUUCGGACACAUGACCCCUCGGGGUGCCGACAGAAACCCCAGAAGUGUCUGUACUGGUGGAAAGGCCCUCACGCGGACGUCCUCCCCUCCCUCUUCCUCCCCAGAAGGCGGUCCCGUCCCCUCCCCUCCUCGCAGCCACCUCCGCUGCUGGCCAGUCCCUGGGCAAACUCUGUAGAGCAGCGCCGCCUGGUGGACGGCAGCUUAAAGGAAGGGGAAUUAAGUUACUUUUAAUCUUCAGGUUUGUGGCCCGGCAAACUGGUUCUGCCUGGUUUCUUUGGAGGUGCUGAAUCUCUUCACUCGUAUUCUUUUUCAGUCUUGUGAAAUCCCCCCCCCCCCCCCCCCGUCUUAUGGCCUUCCUGUUAUUUGCUUGUGGCAUCUUCAGCAUCUCCUUGUUCCUCUUGUCUCCUGCUGUUUCUGCCUUUCUCAGCAUCCGACAGGUCGGGUCGUGUCCCUGACAUUCUGAUUUCUGUCUUGGAAACAGGUAUGCAGCCCACUGCACUGCAGGGGUUGUUAGACCGCCCACGUGCACAGCAGGCUUGGCUCCCUGAGGGACGUGUGUCCAGGCUGGGGACAAACAGACUUUGUGUAUGUUUUUAUUUGCACAAAUGAAAUGCUUAUCACUGAGCCUUAAAUUUUCAUCUCUAAUGAUUUAUGGUGAUUUGCUCGAGAACUGAGACAACAGGCAGAAAGGGGCACAAACACACUUGAACAGUUUAAUGUGGAACACCGUUUGAUUCAGAAUUUAAUGUUCCUCAAACAUUCAAGUCCAAUGGAUGUUUUAGCAGCUUUCCCACAUAAAAAUUCUGUAUAUUUACAGCAGAAAUCAACAGAACAUUGUAAAUCAACUGGAAUAAAAAAAAAAUUCUUUCUAAGGGAGUUCCCUGCUGGCUCAGCAGGUUGAGGACCUGGUGCUGUCACUGCUGUGGCGCAGGCUUGAUCCCUGGCCCCAGAACUCAUGCAUGCUGCCGGUGCGGCCAAAAAAGUCCUAGGAUGGUGAUUUAAUUUUCACAUUAUUUUUCAAAACUGUAAACCUACAGUGUUAGUUUCAGAAUUGUCAUCUCCGAGCACUCUUCAUAGGGGAACAGCUUCUGAUCAUGACCAGGCACCACUUCCCACAGGAUCCCAGCUUGGUCUGGAAACAAAAUGUAUGUGUCUCAGGGUGCUGGGGUUUGGGGGGUAGGGGCAUAUAGACACAGAUUUCCAGCCCCCAUCCAGACUCCUGGAAUCGGCCUCCAGAGGUGGGGCCAGGAGUCUUGUCUGUAAGCCGCUCAUGGCAGCCAGGUCUGCCAUCUGUCCACUGGGCCAUGUGUACCCUGGAAGGUCAUGGCCUGGCUGGGUUCCCUGUCACUCCCUGCAUCCCCCACCCCAUCCCAGGGCACAGCUCGGUCUGACCGAGGUUUGACCAUGUCUGCCUGACCAUUUGGAUGGACGUGCCUUUGAAAGGGCUCAUGUCAUCUUUGUAAGCACAGAUGUCUGAGGAGCCCUUGGGGAGGGAGGAUCAUUUGUCCUUACUUUUUAUGAAUGGAAAAUUAGUAUUUAUAAAAUGAAAUGCUGGACAGUGUGUAAGUGUCAUGAUCCUGCCUGAGUAGAACAUGUCAGCAAUAUUAAUUGGUGUAUGCACUUUUCCCAUGUGUAUGUUAACAUGAUUAUUUUUUUAAAUAAAAAUGGGCUUAUACUACA